UAUACAACGCGCAUGCGUACGAGGUCGGCGUCUUGUUGUCAAGCAUGGAGGGCUACGAGGAGCAAACUGAAGCAAAUUUGUCUAGGAAACUUUCUGAUGAGUUGGAUGCCAUUGUUGAAGAAGACAGUGAAAGUCUGACUGAUGGGUCUGCCAUUGAUGAAGUCUAUAAAGUCCUGGAAUGCAUCUCCAAGGGUUCCCCUGGGACUGUGUAUGUUGUGAAGAGUAAGGAGGAUCAGGAGAAAUAUGUCCUGAAAAAGAUUGAAUGCCAUGAUGAAAGUGAUGCUGUCAAAGCAUUCUUCGAGGAGUUGGAACUGAAGAAGCUGGACCAUCCGUAUGUCUGUGGCUACAAGGACUUCUUUGUCACUUACGAAAAGGAGGACUCCUCCAUGUUCGUCAACAUCAUCACUCAGUACUUCGAGAAGGGAAAUCUGGACCAACUAGUCCGAGCCUACCAAGAAAAACAGGAGCCCAUCCCAGAACAGGAUGUGAAAAAGAUGAUUGGUGAGAUCCUAGAGGGUCUUGUCUACAUUCAUGAAAAGGAAAUUAUUCACAGGGACAUAAAACCAACCAACAUCUUCAUCAACUCCAACGGCGCAAUGGUCCUGGGCGACUUCGGUGUCUCAACGGUCAUGGGUGACAUGACGACUAACACAAGAGCCACCGUCACACUACUCCAAGUCCAUGAUCACCACAGUGCAGACACUUCUGCGCCCAUCUCCUGUCACACGGCCCAACACUUUUGAGUUGAGCAGGAUGGGGUUCAUCCAGGAGUGCAUGGCACAGACGGCCAGCUCGCAGCUGGACAAGCGGUCUCGCCAGGAGGAGACGGGAUCUACCAAACAGUAUGCUCUGACAGAAGGUCGCGACGACCCGUACCGGGUGCUGGAGUACAUCGCCGACACCAUCGACCACGAGAACUACGUCGCAGACGGACUGGCUGCCCUGGCGGAGAUUGUGCGAGAUAAGGAGGACGCUCAUGAGCACAUCGAUCAGAAAGCCAGGAACCUCAUCUCGCUGGCCAUGUGGGACAACAUCUUCCACAAAGACGUGCAGAUCGCUGGCUGCUAUGUGCUGAGUAACCUCGUUGUUUUCGCUCCCCCAGAAGACAUCUUGUUUACACCUGAAGUUAUCACAAUCAUCCACAAAAUCAUGGCAACCCACGAGUACGAGCCAGAGGUUCAGCUCGCCGCUGUUAACUUGAUCCUGGCCUUGUCAGCAGAUGAGCGGGCAGCGAGAUCCAUCGUCCAGCUCGGGGGAAUCCACGACAUCGUUGUGGCCAUGAGACAUGCCUCCUACCACGCGACGCUCAACGCUGUGGCCUGCAUGGCGCUCUGGAGUCUCACCGUGGACGAGGAGAAUCUGAAGGUGGCUGGUAAAGAGCAUGCGGUGCGUGACGUGUGUCUGGCCCUGAGCACACACAAGGUGGCGCCAGAAGUCUGUGAGGCCGCCGCGGCCGCCCUGGUGUCUCUGCUCUUGGACGACGGGUGCUACGACCCAUUUAACGAGCUGGACUGUGUUGGAAACCUGAUCGCUGCCAUCAGCCUACACCCAAAGAAUGCCAAAGUCGUGAAGAACUGCUGCAAGGUGCUGGCGACUGUCGUAGAGGCUAAUGAGGAGUGUGCCUACCGCUUCCUGACGAGCGACAACCCGGACGACGAAAACCCCACGGGGAUCCCCACGGUGAUGGAAGCCUACAGGCUGCACAAGGACAACGCCAUGGUGGUGGAGGCCAUUGUGCGUCUGCUGCUGGACCUCUCCAGAUAUGAUGAUAUAAAUGUGGAGAUGCAGGCAGCACUCAUUGGCCCUCUGCUCCUGUCUGAGGUUCACAAACGAUACAAGGAGAACCGGGACAUCAUGGGACCGGUGGAAGAGGCCUUGGACCGGCUGGGGGCGGGUGUGGCCAGGGCUGCCCGCUCCUCCUCCUAGGCCCCGGCCCUGCAGACGGCACUUCCCAGCCGGCCGUACCGGUUCACGGGUGAGGUGCCGCAGAGCUGCUCCGCCAUGCUGCGCAAGUGGCAGCACAAACUUUGAUGAUGUCAUCAUCGUCAUUGUUUAGCCUCCCUCUCUCUCUUUCUCUCUGUCUCUUUCUCUGUCUCGCUUUCUCUCUCUCUCUCUCUCUCUCUCUUUCUCUCUCAUACACAUACUGUGCAAGUGGCAGCACAAACAUUGAUGACAUCACCAUCAUCUCAUAGCCUCUACUCUCUCUCUCUCUCUCUCAUGACUAGCGAAAGAUCUUGUCAGUAUAUAUAUAUAUGAGUGUUUUAGCGC